UUGGAAAAUACUGGUCAGAGAUAUGAUUUGGAAAGCUCUGGCAACAGGUAUGAUUCAGAAAACUCUGGCAAUAGGUUUAAUUCGGAAAACACUGGCAAAAGAUAUGGUUUGGAGACACCUGGCCAGAGAUAUGAUUCAGAAAACUCUGGCAAAAGAUAUGAUUCUGAAAAUGCUGGCAAUAGGUAUGAUUCAGAAAACUCUGGCAAUAGGUAUGAUUCAGAAAACUCUGGCAAGAGAUAUGAUACAGAAAAUGCUGGUCAGAGAUAUGCUGCUGAAAACUCUGGCAAAAGGUAUGAUUUGGAAAAUGCUGGCCAAAGAUUUGAUGCAGAAAACUCUGGCAAAAGGUAUGAUUUGGAAAAUUCGGGCCAGAGGUAUGAUUCAGAAAACACUGGCCCCAGAUAUAAUUCUGAACAAUCGGGAAAU